CAGAUAAUCAAACGGCUGAUUACUUUUUAGGGUUUAAGGUGGUGAAACAAACACCGAAACAAAGCGAACAACACAACAGAGGUUUUCGGCGAAAGGCAGAGAAAGAGAGGUUUUUGAGAUUUAUUUACUUGUGGGCGAUACUGAAAAAAUGGACAAGAACAUGCUCGGAGACCUCGACAAUCUUCCUGAAGAAGAUAAGAUGAAAAUGGCCGCCAUGAUCGACCAGCUCCAGAUUCGCGACAGUCUAAGGAUGUACAAUUCUCUGGUGGAGAGAUGUUUCACCGACUGUGUUGACUCCUUCAGACGGAAAACUCUUGACAAGCAGGAGGAGACAUGUGUGCGACGGUGUGCUGAGAAAUUCCUGAAGCACUCAAUGCGUGUGGGUCUGAGAUUUGCAGAGCUUAACCAGGGCGCUCCUACCCAGGAUUGAGCAUGAUCGAUCGUUUUGCAUAACCGAAUGCUAAGUCCAAAGCCAUUUAAAUCUUUUAGUAUCUUUCAGUAUUAUCAGUGGGGAAUUUAGCCUUUGUUGGACCUCUGAUAAGCUGGGUUAGUCCUCUAAUACAAUUUUGGGGUAUUUCCAUACUGAUGAUAGGCUGACUUGAUUUGGAAACUGUGGUUACAGCUGAAUUUUUAAGCUUUGUAGGGCUGAAAAUAUGUGCCCAAACUUCUUUAUAUCUCCUUCUGUAUUCAAUGGUAAUUCCCUGGGAUUUCCUCAAAUUGUUUUUAAGAAAAUGUAGGUCCUGAAUUUGAUCUUA